CAUACACACUGAUUUGUUUUCAACUCUGAACACCAAACACAUUCUUUUGCACCACAUUCUCUGAACUACUAGUAACGAGUCCACACACAAGCUACGUCGAAAAAUUCAGCAGAAAAAGAAAAUUCACAGAGAGUAGGAGCCGGCAGCUCACCAAUAUAACCAACUUGCUCAUCUUCCCUUGCAAGUCUUCCCUAUAUAAUCACACCUACACUUGUGUCAAGAACACAAACACACAAGCUAAUCAUCUGAAUUAGCAAUCAUCCAGUUCUGACACUAGUUUCAAGAAGCUUGUUGGUUGAUUUUUUUUUUUUUUUGUGCUGGAAAGGUUCAGUUCAGAAAUGGCGGCAGCAAGAGUGAGCGGGUUGGCGGCGGCAUGUCUUGUGGCCGCCACGGCGGCGCUGCUAGCCGCAACCGCGUCGGCGCAGACGGGGUGCACGGCGGCGCUGAUCAACCUGUACCCGUGCCUCAACUACAUCAGCGGCAACGAGACGUCGCCGACGAGGACGUGCUGCUCGCAGCUCGCCACCGUCGUGCAGUCCCAGCCGCAGUGCCUGUGUGCGGCGAUCAGCGGCGACUCGUCGUCGUCGAUCGGCGGCGUCACCAUCGACAAGGCCCGCGCGCUCGAGCUCCCCAAGGCCUGCAACGUGGUCACCCCGCCGGCGAGCAAGUGCAACGCAGCUGCCGGCGGAAACACCCCGGGCGCCGCCACAACAACCUCGCCGGCGACGCAGACCCCAGGCUCCACCGGCGCAGGAUCCGGCGUUGGAUCGAAGACGACGCCGACGGCGCCGUACCUCAUCAACGGCGGCGCGUCGCUCCGUGGCGCCAUGGGCUUGGUGAUCGCGCUCGCCGCCGUCGCGGCCUGCGCCAUGUGAGCGUCCGUCUCGGCUACUCUAUUCUGAAGUUUCUGAAACGCUGGCGAAACGGAGCCUGCUUGGCUGUGUGAUAACUCACAAAUUGGUUGGUUUAGCAUCAUUUGAGCAUUGGCGAGAGAGAGAUUUGAAUUUUGUCAUUCAUAUUUGUACUAUUCGAUUGCUUGAUGCAGUCGCAAUAAAGAACACUACUACUACACAUGGUUUUGAUUCCACGAAACGAAACAGUUGAUUUUGCAACUUUGAACUGAAUACAGGAC